CCUUCGUUUCAUCGAAGGUAGCAACAGAUCGUGCACGACAAGGGAGCACGGCGGCUCCAUGGCGGCACAUGCCUCAAAAGCCUGGCAACACGUCGCGCGGCUCGAUGCGCCAUUUGUGGACUUCGUACGAUUCAGUAUGUGACGCCACUUGGGCGAUGGCGCAACAGGAGCAGCAAAUGCUGAACGCGGCAUCUUCCAAGCAGUUUCCCGGGAUGCGGAAGGCAUCCCGGACGUUGGAGCGGACAAACCACACCACAACCGACGAAGCGCCGAAAAAUACCAUGGACACGAUCGCGUACGUUCGAGCGCGGCUCAUCGCGGCAGCGGAUGAAGUGAGCAAGUCCAGAACGAUCGUCACAGUAUCUUGCAUUUGCAUUGCUUUGUCUAUCGUGUCCUUCUUGACACUCACGUCGAUCUUGGCCCGUUGCAAUUGUUUGGAGUACAACACCAAAAAGAUGAAGGCAAUCCCAUAGAACACACCAUGCGCGAUUAGGACGACCACGAAGCGGACAAGGCCAAUGCGAUGGGUGACUUGCGCCAACGAAAUGCACGGACACACGAACGACAUGGCGCAGUUGGGGUAUACAUUCGAAAAGCAAUCGCAAAUACCGACCUUCCAGUACCCUAUGAUCAGACCGUUCUCAUCUUGCCCUCGCCCCAGUCGUCCAACAUCCAUGGCUGGAAUCGCCUGAGUGGAACGUGCGGUCGCGAUGGAUUGGGCAGGUUCACGACCUGCAUUCAUUUGGUAUGAUGAGGGCAGUUUGACAAGCAUCGAUGGUCGCGGAGAGGACUCUGCAUUUGGAGAUUCCACGUUUGUGCUGCGUUCGAGGCUCGGCGAUUUGCCUGGUGGACUGGAUCGUAUUGCCGAUGCGGGACAUGGUGAAGGGACUACGACGUCCUCGCUCGACGGCGUGAAAGAUCUGUCCAACGGAGCGAGCUUGAUGCUCAUGCGAGAUCGCGUGCUGAGGCGAAGAGACGACUCCGACAUGAUCGCGUCCUCAGAAGGCGCGGGAAUCUUGGACGGUUGUCGCUUCAUCUUUGGUGUUGC